AUGGAUACUGACUUGUAUGAUGAGUUUGGGAAUUAUAUUGGACCAGAGCUAGAUUCUGAUGAAGAUGAUGAUGAAUUGGGCAGAGAGACCAAAGAUCUUGAUGAGAUGGAUGACGACGACGAUGAUGAUGAUGUAGGCGACCACGAUGAAGACCACCCUGGGAUGGAGGUGGUGCUGCAUGAGGACAAAAAGUACUACCCCACCGCGGAAGAGGUGUAUGGUCCGGAGGUGGAGACCAUAGUUCAGGAGGAAGACACCCAGCCCCUCACAGAACCUAUUAUUAAGCCAGUGAAAACCAAGAAAUUCACUCUGAUGGAGCAGACGUUACCUGUCACGGUGUAUGAAAUGGAUUUCUUGGCAGAUCUGAUGGAUAACUCAGAACUCAUCAGAAAUGUGACCCUUUGUGGCCACCUCCAUCAUGGCAAGACGUGUUUUGUAGAUUGUUUAAUAGAGCAGACUCAUCCGGAGAUCAGAAAGCGCUAUGACCAGGAUCUAUGCUACACUGACAUUCUCUUCACAGAACAAGAGAGAGGUGUUGGCAUCAAAAGCACUCCUGUGACAGUGGUUUUGCCGGAUACUAAAGGGAAAUCUUACCUCUUCAAUAUCAUGGACACUCCAGGACAUGUGAAUUUUUCUGAUGAGGUCACGGCUGGCUUGCGCAUCUCAGAUGGAGUGGUGCUUUUCAUCGAUGCUGCCGAGGGCGUGAUGCUGAACACAGAGCGGCUCAUCAAGCAUGCGGUGCAGGAGAGGCUGGCGGUCACCGUGUGCAUCAACAAGAUCGACCGGCUGAUUCUGGAGCUGAAGCUGCCACCCACGGACGCGUAUUAUAAGCUGCGCCACAUUGUGGACGAGGUCAAUGGAUUGAUAAGCAUGUAUUCCACUGACGAGAACCUGAUCCUGUCCCCGCUCCUGGGCAACGUCUGCUUCUCCAGCUCCCAGUACAGCAUCUGCUUCACACUGGGCUCCUUUGCCAAGAUCUAUGCCGACACGUUCGGUGACAUUAACUACCAGGAGUUUGCUAAAAGACUUUGGGGUGACAUCUACUUCAACCCUAAGACGCGAAAGUUCACCAAAAAGGCCCCAACCAGCAGCUCACAAAGGAGCUUCGUGGAAUUCAUCUUGGAGCCCCUGUAUAAGAUACUCGCUCAGGUUGUGGGGGAUGUGGACACCAGCCUCCCGAGGACCCUGGACGAGCUUGGCAUCCACCUGACUAAGGAGGAGCUAAAGCUGAACAUCCGCCCCCUGCUCAGGCUGGUCUGCAAGAAGUUCUUUGGCGAAUUCACAGGCUUUGUGGACAUGUGUGUGCAGCACAUCCCUUCUCCGAAGGUGGGCGCCAAGCCCAAGAUCGAGCACACUUACACCGGUGGCGUGGACUCCGACCUCGGCGAGGCCAUGAGCGACUGUGACCCUGAUGGUCCCCUGAUGUGCCACACGACCAAGAUGUACAGCACAGAUGACGGAGUUCAGUUUCACGCCUUUGGCCGGGUGCUAAGCGGUACCAUCCAUGCUGGGCAGCCGGUGAAGGUGCUGGGGGAGAACUACACUCUGGAGGAUGAGGAAGACUCCCAGAUAUGCACCGUGGGCCGCCUUUGGAUCUCUGUGGCCAGGUACCACAUUGAGGUGAACCGCGUUCCUGCUGGCAACUGGGUUCUGAUUGAAGGGGUUGAUCAACCGAUCGUGAAGACGGCAACCAUAACCGAGCCCCGAGGCAAUGAGGAGGCUCAGAUUUUCCGGCCCUUGAAGUUCAACACCACAUCUGUUAUCAAGAUUGCUGUGGAGCCAGUCAACCCCUCAGAGCUGCCCAAGAUGCUGGACGGUCUGCGCAAGGUCAACAAGAGCUAUCCGUCCCUCACCACCAAGGUGGAGGAGUCUGGCGAGCAUGUGAUUCUGGGGACCGGGGAGCUCUACCUGGACUGUGUGAUGCAUGACUUGCGGAAGAUGUACUCGGAGAUAGACAUCAAGGUGGCUGACCCUGUUGUCACCUUCUGUGAGACUGUGGUAGAAACAUCCUCUCUCAAGUGCUUUGCUGAAACACCCAAUAAGAAGAACAAGAUCACCAUGAUUGCUGAGCCUCUUGAAAAGGGCCUCGCUGAGGACAUCGAGAAUGAGGUGGUCCAGAUCACGUGGAACAGGAAGAAGCUGGGAGAGUUCUUCCAAACCAAGUACGAUUGGGAUCUGCUGGCUGCCCGUUCCAUCUGGGCUUUUGGCCCUGAUGCCACUGGCCCCAACAUCCUGGUGGAUGACACCCUGCCCUCUGAGGUGGACAAGGCUCUUCUUGGCUCAGUGAAGGACAGCAUUGUUCAAGGUUUCCAGUGGGGAACCAGGGAGGGACCCCUCUGUGAUGAGUUGAUUCGAAAUGUCAAGUUUAAGAUCCUAGAUGCAGUGGUUGCCCAAGAGCCCCUGCACCGGGGCGGGGGCCAGAUCAUCCCCACGGCCAGGAGAGUUGUCUAUUCUGCCUUCCUCAUGGCCACGCCUCGCCUCAUGGAGCCUUACUACUUCGUAGAGGUCCAGGCGCCUGCGGAUUGUGUCUCCGCUGUGUAUACUGUCCUGGCCCGGCGCAGGGGGCACGUGACUCAGGAUGCACCCAUUCCAGGCUCCCCUCUCUACACCAUCAAAGCUUUCAUCCCGGCUAUCGACUCCUUUGGCUUUGAGACUGACCUGCGGACUCACACCCAGGGGCAGGCCUUUUCCUUGUCUGUCUUUCACCAUUGGCAGAUUGUUCCUGGGGAUCCUCUGGAUAAGAGCAUUGUCAUCCGCCCCUUGGAGCCACAGCCAGCUCCUCACCUGGCCCGGGAAUUCAUGAUCAAAACCCGUCGUAGAAAGGGCCUGAGUGAAGACGUGAGCAUCAGCAAGUUCUUCGAUGAUCCUAUGUUGCUGGAGCUCGCCAAGCAAGAUGUUGUGCUCAAUUACCCCAUGUGA